AAUAACCGUGACAGAAAGAAGAGGUGGAGGAUUCCCAAAGACCCCACGCCUCGGUGAGCGCCACGCCUUGGCCUCGCCUCCCGGUCCUUAUACGCCACCACCGCAAAGACUCCCAGUGCACGUGCUGGCCCAUCUCUGGCAGUCCGACUCUGCCACCAUUCGGCACUCGCCAAGCCACACCCGUCGCCAUAGCCGCAGCACGGAGAAGAAUUGAAGGCCCCCCUCCAGGCCUGGCCUGCGCGGCUAAGACCAUCAUUGCUUCUCUACCUCCUUUAGUUUAGUGGAUUGGGAAAGUAGGAAGCAUCCAUCAAAAGACUCACUUUGCCUUUGGGGGCUUGGACCCCCAAAGUUCUUGGCGGCCUAGCUGGAUUGGAUAUUAUGCUUGGAUGAGUGUUCAUCUUGGCGCCUACCUCGUCCAGUCCUCCUUCUGUUGGCUGCGCUUCUUGGUGUAGUCUCCCGAGCAGGACAGGAGGCCUCUGACUCUCUGAGCUGCACGCCAUCUGAGGGACGCCAUGGGAGAGGUUGCAGACAUGUACACGCAAGAUGGGACUGUUGACAUCAAGGGGAACCCGGCCGUGAAGAAGGGCACUGGCAACUGGCGCGCUUGCCCCUACAUCCUCGCCAACGAGUGUUGUGAGAGGCUGGCGUACUACGGUAUGAGCACCAACCUGGUGAACUACAUGAAGACCCGCCUCGGCCAGGGGAACUCCAUCGCUGCCAACAAUGUCACCAACUGGAGUGGAACGUGCUACAUCACACCACUCAUCGGUGCGUUCUUGGCUGAUGCCUACAUGGGGAGAUACUGGACCAUCGCCAGCUUCAUGAUCAUCUACAUCAUUGGCCUGGCGCUGCUGACGAUGGCGUCGUCGGUAAAGGGGUUGGUGCCGUCGUGUGACAUCAGCGGAACGUGCCACCCGACGGAGCCGCAGACGGCUGUGGUGUUCGUGGCGCUGUACCUCAUCGCGCUGGGCACUGGCGGGAUCAAGCCCUGCGUGUCGUCCUUCGGCGCCGACCAGUUUGACGAGAACGACGCGAAGGAGCAGAAGAGCAAGAGCUCCUUCUUCAACUGGUUCUACUUCUCCAUCAACAUCGGCGCGCUGGUGGCGUCGACGGUACUGGUGUACGUGCAGACGUACGUCGGCUGGGGCUGGGGCUUCGGCAUCCCUGCCGUGGUGAUGGCCAUCGCUGUCGUCAGCUUCUUCAUCGGCACACCGCUGUACCGACACCAGCGGCCAGGAGGCAGCCCAAUCACGCGCAUCGCGCAGGUGCUCGUCGCGUCCGCACGCAAGUGGAGCGUGGCCGUGCCUGCCGACAAGUCGCUACUGCACGAGACCCCGGACGGGGAGUGCGGCAUAAAGGGGAGCCGUAAGCUCGAGCACACCGACCAGUUCGGGUGUCUCGACAAGGCAGCCGUCGAGACAGCCGCGGACAGGACGGCGGCGAGCCCGUGGCGCCUGUGCACGGUGACCCAGGUGGAGGAGCUCAAGAGCGUGGUGCGGUUGCUGCCAAUCUGGGCGACCGGGAUCGUGUUCGCGACGGUGUACGGGCAGAUGGGCACCAUGUUCGUGCUGCAGGGCAACACGCUGGACCAGCGCAUGGGGCCCAAGUUCAGCGUCCCCUCGGCGACGCUCUCCAUGGUGGACACGAUCAGCGUCAUCAUCUGGGUCCCCAUCUACGACCGGAUCAUCGUGCCCGUGGUGCGCUCCUACACGGGGCGCCCGCGCGGGUUCACGCAGCUGCAGCGCAUGGGCAUCGGCCUCGUCAUCUCCAUCUUCUCCAUGGUCGCCGCGGGCGUGCUCGACAUCGUGCGGCUGCGCGCCGUCGCGCGGCACGGCCUUUACGGCGACAAGGACGUCGUGCCCAUCUCCAUCUUCUGGCAGAUACCGCAGUACUUCAUCAUCGGGUGCGCGGAGGUGUUCACCUUCGUGGGGCAGCUCGAGUUCUUCUACGACCAGGCGCCGGACGCCAUGAGGAGCCUGUGCUCCGCGCUGUCGCUCACCACCGUCGCGCUCGGCAACUACCUCAGCACGGUGCUGGUGACCAUCGUGACGCGCAUCACCACCAGGCACGGCAAGCUCGGGUGGAUCCCGGACAACCUCAACCUCGGCCACCUCGAUUACUUCUUCUGGCUGCUCGCCGUGCUCAGCCUUUCAUAUUCGCUACAAAACAUUGUGGCAGAGGUCUUGUACAACCAAGACGGUACCGUGGAUAUGAAAGGGAACCCCGCCGUGAAGAAGGGCACCGGCAACUGGCGUGCAUGUCCUGUAUCCUCGGUUACGAACGAGUGCUGCGAGAACCUGGUGAACUACAUGAAGACCCGCCUCGGGCAGGGGAACGCCGUCGCGGCCAACAAAGUCACCAACUGGAUCGGGACGUGCUACAUCACGACCCUCAUCGGCGCCUUCUUGGCCGACGCCUACUUGGGGAGAUACUGGACCAUCGCCAGCUUCAUGACCAUCUACAUCCUCGGGUUGGCAAUGCAGGCAAUGACGUCGUCGGUGAAGGGGCUGGUGCCGUCGUCGUGCGACAACGGCGGCGUGUGCCACCCGACGGAGCCGCAGACGGCGGCGGUGUUCGUGGCGCUGUACCUCGUUGCGCUGGGCACGGGCGGGAUCAAGCCGUGCGUGUCGUCGUUCGGCGCCGACCAGUUCGACGAGAGCGACGCGAGGGAGCAGAAGAGCAAGAGCUCCUUCUUCAACUGGUUCUACUUCUCCAUCAACCUCGGCGCGCUGGUGGCGUCGUCGGUGAUGGUGUACGUGCAGACGCACGUUGGCUGGGGCUGGGGCUUCGGAAUCCCCGCUGCCGUGAUGGCCGUCGCCGUCGCCACAUUCUUCCUCGGCACGCCGCUGUACCGGCACCAGCGGCCUGGGGGCAGCCCGCUCACGCGCAUCGCGCAGGUGCUCGUCGCGGCCGCGCGCAAGUGGGAUGUCGCCGUGCCCGCCGACACGUCGCAACUGCACGAGACCGCCGAUGGCGAGUCCGGCAUCGCCGGGAGCCGGAAGCUCGAGCACACGGAUCAGUUCCGGUUCCUCGACAAGUCCGCGGUGGAGACGGCGGGGGACAAGGAGGCGCCGGCGGCGAGCGCGUGGCGGCUGUGCACGGUGACCCAGGUGGAGGAACUCAAGACCGUGGCGCGGCUGCUGCCCGUGUGGGCGACCGGGAUCGUGCUGCAGGCGGCGUUCUCGCAGAUGAGCACCAUGUUCGUGCUGCAAGGCAACACGGUGGACCUGCGCAUGGGGCCAAAGUUCAGCAUCCCCUCGGCGUCGCUCACCAUCUUCGACACGCUCAGCAUCGUCGCCCUCGUGCCCGUCUACGACCGCCUCGUCGUGCCCGCGGCGCGCUCGGUCACCGGGCGCCCGCGGGGGUUCACGCAGCUGCAGCGCAUGGGCGUCGGCCUCGCCGUCUCCGUCUUCGCCAUGCUCGCCGCCGGCGCGCUCGAGGUGGUCCGGCUGCACGCCGUCGGGCGGCGCGGCCUGUACGGGGCCAGGGACGUCGUGCCCAUCUCCAUCUUCUGGCAGGUGCCGCAGUACCUCACCGCCGGCGCCGCGGAGGUGUUCGCCUUGGGGAGUGUGGGACAACUCGAGUUCUUCUACGACCAGGCGCCCGACGCCAUGAGGAGCCUGUGCACGGUGCUGGCGCUCACCACCCACGCGCUCGGCAACUACCUGAGCACGGUGCUGGUGACCGUCGUGACGCGCGUCACCACCAGGCACGGUGAGCUCGGGUGGAUCCCGGACAACCUCAACCGCGGCCACCUCGACUACUUCUUCUGGCUGCUCGCCGUGCUCAGCCUCAUCAACUUCCUCGUCUACCUCGUCAUCGCGAGAUGGUAUAAGUACAAGAAGAGGGCGGAUUACCCGGAUGCCAAAGGGGAUGAAAACCCAGUGCAGUGA